AGUGAAAUUUUUAUGAAGAGUGUUAUGAGCUCAAAUUAAGUCAAAUAAAAAAGCGGUGAGCUUGUAUGUGAUACUCUGCAGCUUUUCGCCUUGAAGAAACCGCUCGCUCACUCCUUUUCCCUGCAAACGAAACUUUGCAAUCCAGAAAAUGGAGGAUUUCAUGAACCUGAUUUGCCCUAAUUCUCCAUACGUAUGGGAUGUCAAUGGAGUUUCCAAGUGUUUCGGAAACACUGUUUUAGGUUUUGGUGCAAAUGCAGUGACUGUUUGUAUGAUAGUUGGGCUCGGAAUAACACAACGGACUGGCAGAAGAAGUUGGAGGAUGAACUUCAUGGAAAAGCUUUUCUUGCUCUUUCUUCCUGCCAUUGGAGUAUGCAUAUCAUUUUUAGACGGUGCAUUACUGUUGAAGAAAGCGCUUGGCAUCUUUGUCGCACAUCAUGAAUGGUUUUUCAGAUGUUCUCAAUUUGCAUCAUGGACACUUAUCAUACUGUUCUCAAAGUAUUUCAACGGUUGUCAAAUUUUCUGCAACCGGAUCUUGUGUUUCUGGUGGAUUAUAAAACUUCUUCUGGGAAUACUUCAUUUGCUCACAGCAUAUCCUCCAUUCAAGGUCUUAUUAUGUGUUACUGUUACAUUGGACACGAUCUUUGGUAUAUCGAUUAACAUUAUCAGAAUAAAGCGGGCAUCUUACAAGAGAAGUACAGUUGAAGAUUCACUACUUUCAGCUGACACAGAUGUUGAGGAAGGCAGCCUUAAUGAUUCUGGAAACACUCAGGGCUAUUUCGAUCUUUUGACAUUUAGAUCUAUCACUUCUGUGAUGAAUCAUGGGGUCACAAAGCAGAUUGAUUUUGAGGAUUUGCUUCACCUUCCUUCUGAUAUGAAUCCCUGUUCCUGUCAUGAUACAUUGUUUGGCUGUUGGCAAUCCCAACAGAGCAGUUCCCCUGAUCCAUCACUGUUUAGGGCAAUAUGUUGUGCAUAUGGAUGGCCAUACAUUCGUUUGGGCUUGUUGAAGGUACUUAAUGACUCUGUUGGUUUUGCGGGACCACUCCUUCUCAAUAAACUGAUUCGCUUCCUUCAACAAGGUUCGAAGAAUAUUGAUGGCUAUGUUCUUGCAAUAUGCUUGGGCCUCGUAUCUAUUUUGAAAUCAGUUUUGGAUACGCAAUAUACUUUUCAUCUUUCAAGACUGAAGUUAAAGUUACGAUCUAGUAUCAUUACUAUUAUCUAUCAGAAGUGCUUAAGUAUCAAUCUAGCAGAACGAUCACAAUUUACUGAGGGAGAAAUCCAGACAUUCAUGGCUGUAGAUUCUGAUCGUACUGUCAACUUGUGUAACAGUUUCCAUGAUAUGUGGAGCUUGCCAUUACAAAUUGGGGUGGCUUUGUUCCUUCUGUAUACACAAGUCAAGUUUGCAUUUGUUUCGGGUGUUGCAAUUACCAUCGCACUGAUACCAGUGAAUAAAUGGAUAUCUACAUUGAUUGCAAGUGCUACAAUGAAAAUGAUGCAGCAGAAGGAUGAGAGGAUAAGGAGGACAGGAGAACUUUUGACAUAUAUCCGCACUUUGAAGAUGUAUGGGUGGGAGCUUCUGUUUUCUAGCUGGUUGAUGGAGACGAGAUCAUUAGAAGUUAUGCACUUAACUACACGGAAGUACUUGGAUGCCUGGUGUGUAUUUUUUUGGGCUACAACACCAACUCUUUUUUCUCUGUUCACAUUUGGGCUUUUCACAUUGAUGGGACAUCAACUUGAUGCUGCAACGGUCUUCACCUGUCUUGCAUUGUUUAAUAAUUUGAUAUCCCCUCUAAAUUCAUUUCCAUGGGUCAUUAAUGGAUUAAUUGAUGCCAUCAUAUCUCUCAAGCGGUUGACCAGAUUUCUGUCUUGCUCUGAGCACAAAUCCAAACUAGAAAAGACAGCUGGUUCUGCUUCAUCAUAUAUUUCAAAUGACCAAUCUGAGUUUACUCAUGAAGAUAAGGCUGUUGUGUUCCAUGAUUCCUGCUGUUCAUGGUCAAGCAGCGAUGAAGAGCAAUUGAAUUUGGUUUUGAAUCAUGUGACUCUUGCUAUUCCGAAGGGUUCCUUUGUUGCAGUAAUUGGAGAGGUCGGUUCUGGUAAAUCAUCUUUGUUGAGUUCAAUUUUGGGGGAGAUGCAACUUGUCCAUGGAUCAGUGUAUUCCUGUGGUUCUAUAGCAUAUGUACCACAGGUCCCCUGGAUUCUAUCUGGAACAAUACGUGAUAACAUACUGUUUGGAAAGCAUUACGACCCCAGAAGAUACUCUGACACUUUAGAGGCAAGUGCGCUAAACCUCGAUAUUUCAUUAAUGGUUGGAGGUGACAUGGCUUACAUUGGAGAAAAGGGAAUCAAUUUGUCAGGUGGACAGAGAGCUAGAAUUGCUUUGGCAAGGGCUAUUUAUAAUGGCUCUGAUAUGUUUAUUCUUGAUGACGUCCUUAGUGCAGUUGAUGCACAAGUUGCUCGCUGUAUUUUAUAUAAAGCCAUUUUGGGUCCACUUAUGAACCAGCAGACUCGUGUACUUUGUACCCAUAAUGUUCAGGCAAUAUCUUCUGCUGAUAGAAUAGUUGUCAUGGAUAAGGGACAUGUGAAAUGGGUUGGAAGCUCAGCUGAUUUGCCAGUUUCUUUGUGUUCAGCAUUCUCUCCACUGAAUGAAUUUGAUACUUGUUUACAAAAUGAAAGACAAGAGUCCAGUGUCGUAGAUACUCUUAUGGAAAGCCAACAAACUCUCAUCCUAGAAAAAGAAACUGUGCCUGCUUCAGAUGGAACACAAGAGAUUAUUGAAGUUGAGGCGCGAAAAGAGGGCAGAGUAGAACUUACCAUCUACAAGAAAUAUGCCACAUUUUCUGGUUGGUUGAUUUCAGUUUUAAUAUGCCUCUCAGCAGUCUUAAUGCAAGCUUCUCGUAAUGGGAAUGAUCUGUGGCUCUCAAAUUGGGUUGAUGCAACAGGAAGAGGUCAGAAAGAAUAUUCCACAUCCUUUUAUCUGGUUAUGCUUUGCAUCUUUUGCAUUGUAAAUUCAAUUCUCACACUAGUGAGGGCCUUCUCAUUCGCAUUUGGUGGCUUACGAGCUGCUGUUAAGGUGCACGAUACACUGCUGAAAAGGAUUAUCAAUGCCCCUGUGCAAUUUUUCGAUCAGACACCAGGUGGAAGAAUGCUAAACAGGUUUUCUUCAGAUCUAUAUACAAUUGAUGAUUCUCUUCCCUUCAUUCUUAACAUUCUCCUAGCCAAUUUUGUUGGCCUGCUGGGCAUUGCAAUAGUUUUGUCAUAUGUUCAGGUCUUCUUCUUGCUUUUGUUAUUCCCAUUCUGGUACAUCUACAACCAACUUCAGUGCUUCUACAGAUCAACUUCACGGGAAUUGCGAAGGCUAGACAGUGUUUCUCGAUCUCCCAUCUAUACAUCCUUCUCAGAGACACUUGAUGGAUCAUCAACUAUACGGGCAUUCAAGUCUGAGGACCUCUUUUUCGGCAGAUUCACUGACCAGGUCAAAUUGUAUCAACAAACUUCAUACACAGAGUUAACAGCAAGUUUGUGGCUUUCCCUUCGUCUUCAGUUGUUAGCUGCAUUUAUCAUCUCGUUUAUUGCUAUCAUGGCUGUUAUUGGAUCUCGUGGAAGUUUACCAAUCAAUUUCAGUACUCCAGGGUUGGUAGGAUUGGCUCUGUCUUAUGCAGCUCCAGUUGUCUCAUUACUUGGAAGCUUUUUGACAAGUUUCACUGAAACAGAGAAGGAAAUGGUUUCUGUUGAAAGAGCUCUUGAGUAUAUGGACGUUCCGCAAGAAGAAAUGGAUGGAUUCCAAUCCUUACAUCCCAGUUGGCCUUAUCAAGGACAGGUUGAAUUCCACAAUGUCACCUUGAGAUAUAAGCCGUCCUUGCCAGCUGCACUUCGUGAUGUUAGUUUUACUAUUGAAGGAGGGAUGGAGGUCGGUAUCAUUGGAAGGACAGGAGCUGGAAAAUCUAGUGUAUUGAAUGCCCUUUUCCGCCUCACACCAAUAUGUACAGGAUGCAUUCUUGUGGAUGCCAUAAACAUAGCUAAUGCUCCUAUCAGGGAUCUUCGUGCACAUUUCUCUGUUGUUCCUCAGACUCCAUUUUUAUUUGAAGGAUCAUUGAGGGACAACCUUGAUCCAUUCCGGCUGUGUGAUGAUAUAAACAUUUGGAAGGCUUUGGAGAGAUGCCAUGUUAAAGAGGAAGUAGAAGCAGCAGGGGGGCUAGAUAUUCACCUAAAGGAAUCUAGGAUGUCGUUUUCUGUUGGGCAACGGCAGCUUCUUUGCCUUGCACGUGCACUUCUCAGGUCUUCAAAGGUCCUGUGUUUGGAUGAAUGCACCGCUAAUGUUGACACUCAAACAGCAUCCAUAUUACAAAAAACCGUAUCCAGUGAAUGCAGAGGAAUGACAGUUAUCACAAUUGCUCACCGUAUUUCCACUGUCUUGAAUAUGGACAAGGUCCUGGUCCUUGACCAUGGUAUGCUGGUUGAACAAGGGAAUCCGCAGGCUCUCCUAGAAAAUGAGUUCUCCAGAUUUUCAAGUUUUGCUAAAGCUUCGACAAUGUGAGUACCAAACAAGUUCUGCUGUGCUCAUUGCCAGACGCCUUGCAAUCUGCAAGUUUGAUACGAAGGGGAAGUCAUAGUUUAUUGUAAGUUUGUAACUUGUUAUUGGCAAUGAAGUAACGUCACUGUUAAAUACAGGCAUGUAGCCAAGGACAGUUUAACGUCGAGUAUAAACAUCAACUGAUGAAUUAAUCUGUACUUGACCUUCUAGGUAGUGAUAUCUCAAUACGUCUCUGCUGCUUGGGAAAUCGAAAACCUGAAAUCAGAUGUAACCCGUUAGUAUUUAUGUUUGUUUCUAUUAAAAAUUUCCAUUACAUAGCUGUAGAAAAGGUAUAAAGUUGUCGUAGUAAUAACAUUUGCUGUGGUAUAGAAGAAAUUACAUAGUAAAUGUUUAUGCUUGAAUUCUUAUGGCACAGUUUUACAUAAUAUGAGAUGCAUUGUUCAA